AUACAUAAAAAAAGAAAUUGACAAAAUAGCAUUCACGGACCAUUCAGAAGCCUGAUGGUGGAGGGGAAGCUGUUUUCUGAAUUGCUGAGUUUAAGUCUUCAGACUCCUGUACUAUUGAAGUCCUGAUGAGGGGUCUCAGUCUGAAAUGUUGACUCUCCAUACACGCUGCCCGACCUGCUGAGUUACUCCAGUAUUAGACUCUUGUGCUUCCUUCCUGGUGGUAGUCAUGAAGAGAGAACAUUCCUGUCAAUAUCUACUACGCUACUAAAUUUGGUGUCAUAUGCAAACUUGCUAAUCAUGCCAUCUUCAUUCUUAUACACCUUAUAACUAAACAUGACAAACAACAGGGGACAUAAUCUCGCCUUCUGGACUAAUCUACUAUCUGGAACCUUCACAAAUGCUUUGCCAAAGUCCAUGAAUACAACAUCUACUGCCCUGCUCUCAUCAAAUCUCUUGGUCAGUUCAGAGCACUUGCUAUCAUAAAGUCAUUUGUCUGAAACAGAAACAAAGUCAAGAGACACACAAAAACUCAAGGACUGGCUGCUGAACAAUGGCGGCAAGUGUUCUAGACUGACGAGUCAAAAUUUGAAACUUUAGACGUAAACCAGGAGGUAGUUUGACCAUGGAAGAGCUGGAGAGUGCUGCAUGGAUGAGUGUCUGCAGUCAACAGCGAAGCAUGGUGGAGGUUCCCAGCAGGUCUGGGGUUGCAUUUCUGCAAAUGGAGUUGGUGACCUGGUCAGAAUUAAUAGAAUCAGAAGUACAAGCAGAUUCUCAUCCAAUCAUGCAAUGCCAUCUGGGAGGUGUCUGAUUGGUCCCAACUUCAUUCUACAGUAGGAUAACGGCCCUAAACACACAACCAAGGUCAUUAAAAUAAAAACUAUCGUCAGCAAAACGAAGAUCUAGGAGUUCUGCAACAUUUAUUUAUUUAUUUAUUGACAUGCAGUGUUGAAUAGGCCUUUCUGGCCCUUUGAGCCAUGCCGCCCAAUAGCCCCCGAUUUAAUUGUAGACUGGUCAUGGGGCAAUAUACAAAGACCAAUUAACCUACCAACCGGUACAUCUUUGGACUGUGGGAAGAAAGUGGAGCACCUGGAGGAAACAUGUGAUCACAGAGAGAACUUACAAGCUCCUUACAGGCAGCUGUAGGAAUUGAACCUGGGUCACUGGAACUGUAAAGCAUUAUGCUACAGCUACCAUGCCCCUCCCCCCAAUAGGUGAUAUGGCCUCCACAGAACCCUGAUCUCAACAUGUUAAAUGCUGUUUGGGAGUACCUGGAGAGAUAGAAGCAAUCAAGAUAGCCAAAGUCUGCAGAAGAACUGUGGUAAGUCCUCCUAGAACAGCGGUCCCCAAUCACCAGGCCGCGGACCGGUACCGGGCCGCGAGGAAACGAUAUGAUUUGGCGAUAUGAGCCAGCUGCACCUUUCCUCAUUCCCUGUCACGCACUGUUGAGCUUGAACGCACGCGAGGUCAUUACCCGCGCGUCUUCCAUGUCAGCGCAGGAAGGAGAUCAACUCCUCGAGCUUGCAAAUGACAGCGGGCUGAAAAAUAUGUUUGAUAUAACAUCUCUGCCAGCAUUCGGGAUCAAAGUCAAGGCUAACUAUCCUGAGAUAGCCACGAGAGCACUGAAAACGUUGCUUCCAUUUCCAACAUAUCCCUGCAAUGAAUGCAACGAAAACUAAGUUGCAGAAUAGACUGGACAUAAGGAACCCCCUUCGAGCAUCGCUGUCUCCCAUCACCCCUCGAUAGGACCGUCUUGUUGCAGGGAAACAAGCCCAGGGCUCCCACUGAUUCAGCGAUAUUGGCCCCCACAGUGUCAUCGAUUAUGGCUUUAGGAAUUCAAGAUUUCAACAGAACAGAAUCGGAAAGACUGAAUGAGAUCAAAGGACAUCUUGAAAUUGCUCUAUUGGAAAAACAUUUUUUGCAAGAGGAAUUACGGAAGCUUAGAGAAGAAACGAAUGCUGAAGCUCUGAAGCAGGAACUAGAAAAGGAAAAAUUAAAACGAAUAGAGCUGGAACAGAAAAUUUCUGAUGUGCUUAAAGUCAGAGGUGAAGAGUCAUCUAGUCAGCCAUCUGCAAAAGUGCAAACUUCAGUAAAUGGAACAGAAAAACGUGGUCGGACAUUCUACUCCAAGAUUCAAAAAUGGUUCUUUGAGAAGUUUUCAGAGUAUAUUGAAGAUUUUCAAUUCCAACAAGAAGAGAUUCAUGUAGAAACUGAAGAACCACUUAGUGCGAAACGGUUAACUGAAAAUAUGAGAAGAUUAAAACGAGGUGCCAAACCAGUUACCAGUUUCUUAAAGAACCUGUCAGCCUUAUCAAAUUGGCACUCUGUAUACACUUCAGUAAUUGCCUUUAUUAUCUACAUGAAUGCUGUGUGGCAUGGCUGGGCCAUUCCAAUGUUCUUGUUUCUAGCCAUUUUGAGAUUGUCUCUAAAUUACCUCAUUGCAAGGGGUUGGAGGAUUCAAUGGAGUAUUGUGCCCGAAGUAUCAGAUCCUGUGGAGCCUUCAAAAGAAGAUCUCACUGUAUCAGAAAAAUUCCAGCUGGUGCUUGACGUAGCACAAAAAGCACAGAAUCUUUUUGGCAAGAUGGCAGAUGUACUGGAAAAAAUUAAGAACUUAUUUAUGUGGGUACAUCCAGAAAUCACACAGAAGUUGUACAUGGGCUUAUGGCUCCUCUUUAUUGCAUCUUGCUUCUUUCCAUACAGAAUUCUUGGUCUCAUUAUAGGACUUUAUGGAGGGGUCAAAUUUUUUCUCAUUGACUUUAUCUUCAAACGAUGUCCAAGGCUUCGAGAAAAAUAUGAUACUCCGUAUAUUGUGUGGAAGAAUUUGCCGACAGAUCCUCAGCUAAAGGAAAGGUCAAAUGCUAUUCCAACAAGAAGGAUUCCAGCAGUCGCGUCAAGGUCCAACGUUACAGCCAAUGCCAUGUCUGUUUAUAGUCGGGACGAUGAUAGUGCACGAUCCCACAGCAAAAAGAAUAGCUUCAGUGAGAUUUUCAGUUUAGCAGAAAAUGAACGUCCUUUACCAGUAUGUGAAAACGGAUGGCGCUGCUGUCUUAUUAAUAGGGACAAGAAGAUACCCACUGACUAUAUUCGGCAUGGUUUUCUCUAUGUAACAGAAAAUUAUUUAUGCUUUGAAAGUUCCAAGUCUGGCUCAUCCAAGAAAAAUAAGAUAAUAAAAUUAAAAGAUGUUACAGAAAUACAAAAGUACAAAGUUCUGUCAGUUUUGCCUGGAUCUGGAAUGGGUAUUUCAAUAACUACUCCAUAUACCCAAAAGCCACUGGUAUUUGGUGCUAUGCUACACAGAGAUGAAGCCUUUGAAGCAAUAAACUCUCAAUAUACCAAAAUAACAUCCAGCGUAUCCAGUAAUGAGUCCUAGCCAUAUGCUUUCAAAGAGGAAUAAUUUGCCUGUAUAAUAUUGUUGAAAUGAGAAAUUGGACAAGAACCUCUGUUACCUGUUUGAUGAUAUUUGCGAUGGAUUUUGUAUCUAAUUGGAAUAGAUGGUUUAUAAUCUAUAUAUUUUUUAACUUGCUGUUUAGUUAUUUUACAUUUUGGUGAGAGUUUUACACAAAAGUGCUGUUACUAUCAUAGUACCCUGCACAGUAAGCACUUUUGGCAUUUGUUUACAGACAUUUUAAAUGUUAUACUAAAUUGGAGUAGGAUAAAAUUGAGUGUUUUUAAUUAAAAUAAAGAAACAAUGUAAGAUAAACUUUGAAGUAAUAUGUACAAAAUCUGAAUGCCAAGGUUGUAUACUUUUCAGUGUCCAUUUCAGAUAAGGAGUAUUGUUUGAAGUGCUUUUCAAAAGGAUUUUGGUAAACUAAGGUUAAGCAGAAAGAUGCAGCAAGUUAGAAAUUCUGGAGAAUCAGAAUUAAUGCAUCAAAUCAUGACUUUUUUUAUUAGAUUGGCAAAUAACCAAAGUAAGUAAUUAGAUUACAUCCUGAUUGUCGAGUCUGGACAGUAUAGAUAUUAAAUAAUUGUUCAGAACUUAGUGUAAGUUAUAAUUGGCUAAAUAUUUGCAUGAUAUAGAUGUAAUCAUUUCUAUAUUAUAUCACAAACAACUGCAGAAGUAAUCUCAUUCACUGUAAUUAUGGAAGCAAGUUCUAAUUCUUUUAAUAAUAUUACUUUAUUUGCAAGUUGGAGUUAACAACCAUUCAGAUAAUUUUUUGGGGGUUUGAAAGUUUCCCAGUCACUCCUUUAACGGUUACUCCAUUUUUGCCAUACGGAUAUACGAAAAAUGAGUGUUUUGGAUAAUUCUUCCAAUGAGUAGAAAUUGAUUGUUACUUUUACAUCAUGUCCUACCAUACUCUGCCUGCUGGCUCCUUUCAAAAAGACUAGUCCAUGACAAAGAUUUUCCUUGAGUUAGUUUUUCCAGACCUAACAAGUAAAACAGACCGACUUUACUCUUCCAUGGAAGUGGAAGACCAUCUCUUCAGAAAGCAGCUAUAUUAUUUACAGCUUGGAGAUUGGAGUCCAAUUCUGACAUCAUCUGUAAGGAGCUUGCAUGUUCUCCGCAUGGAAUGUGUGAGUUUUCUCUGGGUCCUCCAAUUUCCUCCCGCAGUCCAAAGACGUGCUGGUUAGUAGGUUAAUCGGUCAUUGUAAAUUAUCCUGUGACUAGUUUACGGUUAAAUCGGGCUGCUGGACAAGGUGGCUGCAAGGGCAUAUUCUGCCUGUAUCUCUAAGUAAAUAUAUAAAUUAUUAAUGUUAUGUCCUGACCCUUUGUUUAAAUUGCCGAAUCAAUCUUCAAGGCAUGUUGUUAAGGACAUGAAUGGAACUGGUAUCCAUUAACACUGUCUGAUGUUCUUCUUCUCCAUCAGCAAGGAAACCUGCCGUUAUUCAGUGUUGACGUAGAGAACUGUUUGAAAACUUGCUGAUAGAAGGCACAGACAUGAACCCACAUUCUGGUUCUCAGUGAUAUGGGUCAAAGAUAUUGUACAUUGGCUUUGAGGAUUUUUAUCCAAUUCCUUCCUAAUUCAUUUUUUGCUUCAGUUCAGAAUGAGGUUUUAUCUGCACUGCUGUUUGUAAUCUUUCUUGGCAGGUGUCUGUACAAAUCAUGCUGCAACAGAGAAUCCCAUUUCUCUCUUGAUUGUAGCAAAUUCUUCCCAUCAUCUCACUGAUCUGAUGCAGUAACUGCUCUGUGCCAUUGCCCCCACUCACUAAAUUCAACAGCAUACACUUAUAAUUGGAAUGUAACUUAAAUAUGAUCCAACUAACAAACCUCUAAUUGAUGUAGCCUUCAAAAAAAAAACUGCAGUGCUGACUGUUACCAAUGCUUAAGACUUUAUGACCUAUUUUAUUUUUACAAGUGUUCAUAGAAUUUAUAAGCUGGCCAGUGAUGUCGUGGCAUCUGCAUCAGACUUCAAGGUGAGUGGUCCCAGGAUCGAAUCCAGCCGGCUCCUCACAUGCUUUCCAUUCUUGCUGAGUUGAGCGUUGAGCUAGCAACUCGGCCUCGUAAAAAAAAACAGACAGAAAUACCAAAUAAACAGCAAAGCUGCUGCCCAAUGUGCAACAAGGUGCGGAAAGGAACAACAACAUAGAAUUUAUACUGAAUACAUAAAGAUGCAUGACCAUGCAGAAUAGUUUUUACUUUAUCUUGGGUUUAUUCAAGAUUUAGUUCAUUAAAACUUUUAAUUGAAAAUUAUUAAUGCUGCAAACACUGGAAUAUAAAUAGAAGUGGAUUUGUUCUAUAUAGUUUCCUGGUACAAACAUUUGCCAAGUUCCCUUUAGUUUACUAUUAAUGUGAGAAUGUUUACUGAGGGUUAAUUUUUCAGUUCUGUAUAAGAUGUGUAUUUGCUAGUUUGGAUUCCAUGUAGGAUACAUACUAGCGGUUAAUUUAAAAUAAUGUAAACAAGUUGUAAAAAAAACAUUAACUAGUAGUUUUCAAUUAAUGCAAUUUAUUUUCUUAAUAACCCCAAUCACAGAAAAGCGGUUGCCAUUCUUGUUAAUGUAUAUUAGAUACGUUGAUUGUUUACAUAUUGAAAGUUGUGCAUAAUUGUUUUUGGUAUCAUGUAAAACUUUUGUGUAAAUGCAGAAAAUACAAAUGGAUCCAAGAAAUGUAUCUUAAUCCUAUAAAAUCUGCAAGCUUUGGAUCAUGUUUAUUCUAAAAUAGAUUAAAAAAAAGUCUUGUAAAAAGUCACACAGAUUUUUAUUUGAAAUAAAUGGUUC